GGAGGAGGGCUGCGGCAUCGUUAACGGACUAAUAGCAUACUUCAUAAUUAUGGUGGAUCUUGCAAACAGCUGUCCUGACUAACGCUGUUUCUUUAUUGUUUUAAUUCAACUUUUCAUCAAGAGUCCGUCGUCCAGAAGGUCGCAUUUACAGCGCUGGGAAACUGGAAAAUAAACGGACGGAGGAUUCCCGUGAGAACUGAGCAAAAUGUCAGGAAGUGAUACGGAGUCAUCUUGUGGAUGGACUUUGAUUAGUAAUGAGGGUUCAGAUAUUGAGACUUUGGGAACUGAGGCAGUGGAGGAUGUAGAACCUGCACCAGUAAACUCUGAGCUGCAAAAAGUCACUUUGCCUGAUUAUGACCAUGCUGAAGUGAAAGAAGAUUCUCUUGAUGUCACGUUGGUUGAUGCAGCCACGAUUCUCGAUUCAGCAGAGACUGGAGUAAAUGCUGCCCGCCGUGAGCAUGUGUCUGUAUUGUCAUCAAGUGAUCACUCUGAUAUUUUGACACUUGGAGACUUAAAAGAAGAUGAGCCGGUCACCACAGAGACCUCUGAAGAGUUGUAUCUUGGGAUGUCCUGCAGCAGCCAAUACACCUUCACCUCAUCACCGACAGGUUUCCCAGUGCAGCUGCAGGUUGUACCUCAUUCGAGCAGCAGUGAAGAGGAACCUGACCUGAGCUCUGGAGCUGUAGUCCGAAGACGCCGUGUGAGAAGAAAUACCCCAAACACCACUACAGAACCAGACCGGGAUGAGGGGAUGGAGUCUGACCCAAGUGAAGGAGAGGAGAGACCCCAUCAGCAGUGCACAGCUGAGGGAGAGGAACCCACACAAGAGACACAGAGACACAAAGGCGGCAGCAUUCUCAUCACAUGCAUCUUACUGACUCUCAUUAUAGCUAUCAGCCUGGGCAUUGGACACCUCUAUGAUACUAAUCAUAUCCAGAUAAGACAAUUUACAUGUGGGUAUGGAAUGGAUGGAUUGAGACACCUUAGUUUUCAAGAUGGAGAACAGAAAAGUGACCUGAGCCUAAAGGACCUGGAUGUUCAAAAGGCAAUUUCAGUGCUUUCAGAAACCAUUGACAAGAUAAGAAAAGAAAAUGAAGGCCUCUACAAUAAAUAUGUGCAAAUACAAACUCAAAGGGAUGAGCUGGAGAUGCUGCUAAAAACAAAAGCUGAAGAAAAGAUCCAGAUUGAAUCCCAGCACCAUAGUCUGCAGGAAGAGAACCACAACCUCAAACACUCACUGCAAAAGGAGGAAAGGUCCUUGUCUGUUUUACAUGAGGAACUGAGAACCCUGCGCCUGGCGAUGAAAGACUUCGAGGCCAUGAGAGCAGGAGCAGAUUUGCUCCUGUCCGAAAACCAGAGACUAAAGGCUGAACUGGAGGAGGAGAAGGAAGUGAUUCGCAGCUUUAGUGGAAAAAGAGAGGGUUUGAUGAUUGAAGCACAGACGCUGAGAAAGAAGCUGGACAAAGAGCGCAAGGUGGCCGAUGAGAUGAGAGGAGAAAUUAACAAACUUAGACAACAGAUCAAUGGAGCAGAGAAAGCUCAAGACCUGCAGUCACACCUGAUGGAGCUGGAGAAGCGGCUGAGCUUUGAGCAGCAGCGUUCUGACCUGUGGGAGCGUUUGUACCUGGAAACUAAGGAGAGAGCUAAAGGGGACUCUGAGCCUAAAAGGAAGUCCAAGUCCAAGCAAGGCAUGGCAGGGAAAGUGAAAGAAACGUUUGACGCUGUUAAGAACUCCACGAAAGAGUUUGUCCAUCACCACAAGGAGCAGAUCAAGAAGGCAAAAGAGGCGGUUAAAGAGAAUCUACGGAAGUUUUCUGAUUCGGUUAAAUCCACCUUUAGGAACUUUAAAGAUUCAGCAUCGACCAUCUUUAACAAAGCACGAGGCUUUUACGACAAACAUAAACACAGAAAUGCAGAUGAGACGUGGCAGCACAGGUCUGGCAAACCACAUAAGAAACCGUUCAAAUUCAAUUUUGACUUCUUUCAGAGCAACCACUUUUCUAGAAAUUCUGGCGAUAAAGUUCACGAGAAGUUUAAGCCACAAAGUUGCUCUGAGGUGUUCGACUGUGCUUAUCAGGAGUUCAUGAGUCUCUUUAACAAAGCUGCUGAGCCCGUGCGAGCUGAUGAGUUCUACCAGCUACUGCAGAGCUACCUUCAGAAAGAGGUUGACCACUUCCCCUACUGGAUAGAGCUGGAGAGGUUCAUAAAUAACUUCUUUCACAAUGGUUUGUUUAUUCAUGACCAAAUGCUGUUUACUGACUUUGUUAAUGAUGUUGAGGACUUUCUCACUGAAUUGUGCAAGCACCAAGGUUUGAAUGAAGACUUUUUUGAGGAUCUUGAUGAUUAUAUCUACAAGCACUUCUUUGGUGAAACAUACUCCAAAAAAUCUAGGCCAAGUGGACCAUUUGAGCGACCUGACUCUAAGGAGAAUUUGCGAGAAAAGCAUCGCCGUAAGCAACAUAGGUCGAGACAUAGCAGUGAACGCAAAUGGAGCAGAUCAGACCAAAACAGAGACAGACACAUGGCGGAUGUCAAAAUAGAACUGGGACCAAUGCCUUUCGAUCCUAAAUAUUGAUACCAUCUGCCCUCCUUUAGACAUUUACACUUUGCUUUUCAAAUGUUUGAAUUUACUGACUGCUAUCUGCAUAAUUGCCUCUCAGUUACCUUUUUUUAAAUUUUUUUUUAUUGGUAAUAGGAAGUUUACUUGCUUGUCCUAUCAGUCCAGCUUUCUAAUGAUACAUGAUCUAUUUGUGACUUGGUGUUUGGCUCAAGUGUAAAAGUACAGUUGCCACAGUGUUGUCUGUCUGGGUCCACAAAAAUACUGUUCAACUAGUCUAUUUCAUAAUUUUGAUUUUAAGUAAGUUGAAAAAAAUGUUCUGUAUUUUGCUAUUUCAAGGUCAUAGUUGGUGUUGUUGGCGUAUAUAUGUUACGUACAUGAGAACUUUCCACCACUGCUUUCAGUAACUCAGUCUGGGACAAUAAGUCAAGUGCUUUAAUGUAAUUGAAAAUAACUGAUUUCAGUUUAAAAAAAAAAAAGUUUUAAAUAUUUAUUAAUACCAUGUUCAUCAGUGCCUUUCAUAAAUAAAGAUGCUUCUUCC